AUACUUAUACUGAUCAUGUCUGGACGUGGUAAAGGUGGUGCCGGUAAAGCCAAGGGCAAGUCAAAGACUCGCUCAACUCGCGCAGGACUUCAAUUCCCAGUCGGCAGAAUUCAUCGUCUGCUCCGCAAAGGAAAUUACGCCGAGCGAGUUGGUGCUGGAGCUCCAGUCUACUUGGCCGCCGUCAUGGAGUACUUGGCCGCUGAAGUCCUCGAGUUGGCUGGCAAUGCCGCUCGUGAUAACAAAAAGACCAGGAUCAUCCCAAGACAUCUCCAACUGGCCAUCCGUAAUGACGAAGAGUUGAACAAACUCUUGUCUGGUGUUACCAUUGCCCAGGGUGGAGUUUUGCCGAACAUUCAAGCUGUUCUCUUACCCAAGAAGACCGAGAAAAAAGCCUAG